AUGAAGCAGAACAAAAACGAGCUAUGGAAGCUCGAUCUCAUAGAAACCAAGUUUUUCAAAACUACUCCAAGGUUACAAUCCACCAAAAAGCUUUUGAAUGCCCGUAAAAACGCCAAGCUCUUGAAGAAGCUACCCCAGACGAGAGAAGAGGCACAUAAACAGAUCCAUGCUCUCAAGAAAGACUUGUUCGAGAAGAAGUUCCAUGGAUCAUUUCUCAAACUUCAUCGUGAGGUUCUCAAGAAGAUGAAAACUGAUCUGCGUGCUUGGAAGAACGACACCCACAAGUCUCUUCGGAGCUUACUCAAUUCUGCCUCGACUGUGAACUACAUGGUGGAAGCUAAGCUUGUCAAAAUAUUCGUUGCCGCUGUACUCAAUACCAAAGAAUUGAAAAGCUCGCCGCCUAGUUAUCUUCCCGAAGAUAUCAAAGACAAAAUCCUCAACAAGAAGAAUCCCUCAAAUCCUAGCCGAUUCUUCAUUGACCACUGUCAGGACGACAAGAUCGCCAACGGCUACAUCUCCAAGCUUUGGAAUGCCAAAGAUAUGAAGAAGCUCAUAGAGGAGAUUGACUGGUCGUUCAGGAAGGUCAGAGGUGAUUUGACUGUGGAUGAGAAGAAUACAAGAUCUGCCUCUACAGGUAAGAAGGUGGGCAAGGACGAUAGCGAUGAUGAUAAUGACAGUGACAGUGAAAGUGAAAGUGAAAGUGACAGUGACUCUGAAAGUGAAGAGGAAAGUGAUGCCGGUAGUGAAGAGGAAGAUGUCGCAAGUGGCUCAGACGCAGAAAUGGAUGCAGAGGAAGCUUUCGAAAAGUAUGCUGCCUACGACAACUUGGUCGCUGGUUCUGAUGGAGAAGGCGACUUUGAAGUUGACCCCAAUGUGGAUUACAAUGAAAUCACAGACGAGGAGCCCUCUGAGGAAAGUGAGAACGAGUUGGAUGAGAAAGCCCAGAAGAAGAAGUUGAAGGAAUUGAAGAAGAAGGAAAAGGCGGAAAAGAAGGAGCAAGAAAAGAAACUCAAAUUGCCUUCAUUGGCCACUGGCUACUACUCGGGAGGUUCCGAUGAUGAAGACGAUGUGGAUAACGAUAAGGUUGUGAAGGAAGCAACCACUACAAGGAAGAACAGAAGAGGUCAGAGAGCUAGACAAAAGAUCUGGGAGCAGAAAUACGGUAAGAAGGCUAAUCACGUUCAGAAGGAGAAGCAAAGGCUUCUUAAUGAGAGAGAACAGAGACAACAGGAAUUCGAGGAAAGACAAAGAAAGAGAGAAAUGAAAGCCCGUCUCGCUAGAGAAGCAGAGGAGGCCAACAAACUGGCACAGAAGGUGGAGAAGAAGCCUCAGCCUGCUACAAGCCAGAAGAUGCAUCCUUCUUGGGAGGCCAAGAAGAUUGCUGACGAAAAGAUGAAGGCGGUCAAGUUUACGGGUAAGAAAAUCACAUUCGAUUGA